AUGUGUCCAAAAGGUUACUCCGGGCCUCGAUGUCAGUAUGCUGAUGACAUGUGUCGAAAAGACAAUGGAGGAUGUGAACGUGAAUGCUGCAACAUGGCUGGAGGUUAUUACUGUCGCUGUCCACCCGGCUACCGACUUGCUCCUGAUCAACGUCAUUGCCUAGAUAUCAACGAAUGCGAGAUCAAUCGUGGCGGUUGCAUUUAUGGUUGUGAAAAUCUUCCAGGUGGAUUUCGUUGCACCUGCCCAGAGGGAAUGAUACUUGCGGAUGACAAACUCUCCUGUCGACCGUGUGGGUUGCAUGAGACUCUCAACAUUUGUGACAUGAGCUAG